UUAACCUGUUUAGGUAUCAAGGAUCCCGGUCAAGGAUAAUCUCUUUCGUUUCGGAUGCCCUAAAUCAUCCAAGAAUCAAACUUUUCUGUCUGUUUCUGUGAAGAAGCCUCAUAGUUUCUCUCUUAUUUAUCGUGAUGGCAUCUGCUCGACAGAUAAGUGGUGGCUUAAAGUCGGCGGCCAGUCGUCAAAAGUUGAAACAGCAGCAGCCAAACGAUCGUGGGAUUGCAUCGCUCGCCGGGAGUUCUGGCGAUAGAUCAAGUGACAUCCCGUACAUGAAAGAAGAACACGUGCUGAUACUGGGCGAGCAUUUCUACAACAGGACAAUGGUGUUGGUGCAGCAGGCAGCAAGGAGUAGCAAUGAAUCGUCCCUGUGGGACAUUGCAGAUGGGAUCUACAAUGACGCAGAAGGAUACAUCAGUAAAGAAUCCCAGAUGAGAUCAUUUGCCCUUCUCAUGUACCACCAUGGAAUGGAAAAUGAAAAGAAUGCGGAAGUGAUGGCCAAACUGUGCUCCAGGCUAGCUACAUUAGAAGCGGAGGGGCUCAAGUUUAGAAGCCCUCUACUAAAAGAACUUCAGGAUGAUUUUACAUCCCGUGCCACAUGGAAAGACCAAGAUCCGAGCCGAUGGCUUGCCUUUACUUGCUAUCUUUGCUGUCUCUUCAAACAUCUCAGGAUUGGAGAUAACUACAUCAACGCCUUGGUGGAGCCUGUCUAUACAUGCCUUGACACACUAAUAAGUGAUGAUUCCAGCGAUGAAGAAAUGAAAUGUGGUUGUAAUCAGCUCAAGUCGCUUGGACCCACUCUGGAUGACCUGAAGUCUGGGCAAAUGGACACCUUGGUCAACAUCAUGAAGGAGAAACUGCUAGGUCCCAAGUCUUCCCACUUCUCCCGCCUUCUCCUCCUCGAGGUCAUUGAACUUAGAGCGAGCGGAUGGCACUUGAAUGACACACAGCAGCAAUACUACUCCGAGGUCUUCUGUUGAUAGUUGACCAAAGUGCUUCUCUGAAAGACAUUCUCUGGUGUUUUGGUUUUGAUGUCUUGUCAUGGAUAAUCUCCAGGGGACCCUCUCAGAGCCAUUGCUUGUGCAAGUCUUGGCUGAGGGUGAUCCUUUAUGUAAACUAUUGUCACUUUAAGGGACAAGCCUUUGGAGAAAUUGAAGAACUUUAGUUGAGCCCAUCUGUGAUUUGAGGCUCAAGAUGUAUGUUUUGCUUUCUUGAUCAAGAUAUAGGAUAUCUUUACAAGCACCGUUAUGUUGGUGUAGAUAUGGUUUGGUGCAGGAACACGAAAAGAAAUCCGUCAGUGUGUGUGCUAGAUGUAAAAUUAUGAUGUGACAUAUUAAGAUUAUCAUCAGUGUGCUCACAAAAUGCGAAGCACAUUCUUUCUACCCUAAGGAGCCACUAAAGCAGAAUGAACCACAAGUGCAACCUUUUCCUGUUACAUAAAGCUGUUCUUCAGUUACCCAUCACUUUCCAAACGGCAAGAACCUAUUCUUGUGCUUGGAUCAGAUUUCUAAUUGGCAUCAUGUGAAGUUGAAUUACGAUCUUUGUAAAUUAAAAUUCUUGCUGUUUACAAGCAUUCCUCAAUGCAAAGUUUUUUAUCAGGAUAUGAUUGGGGUUGUAGGAAAUUCAGUUCCACUGUUAUAAAAAAAAGCCCUUUGAAGAUUUUGUUGUCUUAUUUAGCACAGGAAUAUAACCAUUCUUUCAUAGUCCUGCAGAAAUGCUUGAUGAAACAAUCCCCAGGGUACACUUUGGUAGAAACCCCCAACCCCCAAGAAUUUCAGGUAUUUUAGCAAAGACUUGUUCAGAAACAAAAUUACAAAUUCUUGUAACCAAUGGGCAAAAAGAAGAGGUAAAUGAAUAAUUCAAAAGUAUUUGAGAUAAACCCUAAAAUAUAAUUUUUAAAAAGGAGUUGAUAAGGUGCUGGUAAUGGAGCUUUUCAAUUUUUUUCAGUUUGACAAAAUGUCACAUUGUGUGAUCGAUGAUUGGUAUGAGUUGAAGCAUGGAUUUCCAUUUGUGCAUGAACCCGACAGAGUGAUAGCAUGCAGGCGUCUUUGUACAUCAAGGAGCAUUUCAUGAAAUGCCUUGUCAGUGACUUUCACUAACCAAGUUGCUCUCGGCCAAUCAGAUGCAAGGAUCUUCAGUAAUGUCGGUGAAAGUCACUGACCAAUCUCUUCACGAUAGGUCUAGGGGUCCGUUUCAUCAGGGAUAUGCCUAUCCCUAUUGUAUGUUUUAUUACAUAUAUGCAAUAACAGUCAAUGCUACUGUAAUUAUUCAGUAUGAUUGUUAACAGAAAUUAUGCAAUUGUUAUUGUAAAAAGGGGGGGGUGUUUCACAAAGACUUAGAUGUCAAGUUGCAUGCAGUAUAAAAGGCAUGGCCACAUUAGUCAGAUCAUGCGAAGAGGACACGCACUACUACAUAUUUAUUAAUAAGAUUGCAGGUUGCAUAUCAUGUAUGCAUCGGCAUUUAAGUGCGACCUAAGUCAUACUUAAAUCUUUGUGAAACACCCCCCAGGUCUUUAUGAAACGGGACCCCGAUUUGGAGAGAGGAAGAGGGGGGGGGGGGGCUGUGAUCAUCCUUUUCCUCAUCCCUUUUCCCAUUCAGCUAAUAUUCAUUAUAUCUUGAAAUGUUCCUGUUUACCUGCAGUUCUCAAAAGUGAGUGAACCCCACCACAAAUUGCACUCCUAGCUGAGUGUUGAAUGUAGACAACAGCAUUACAGUGUUUGGUGAGCCCAGAUAACAGACUUCAUUGAAUGUAAUAUCUCAUCACCUGACUUGAAAAUUAUCUUGAACACAUUAUAUAUGGCGCGGUUCACUAACCUUUGAGCACCACUGUAUUUUAUGUAGGAAUUUUAUGUUUUUUCUUAUUUUCACUCAUUUUAUUUUUUUUAGCAUCGAGAUGUUUUCUGUUGGUCUGUUAACAAUUUCUGUUGCUAGAGAAAGAUGUCUGAGAACUGGUCCAUCCCAUGAAACUGUGAUUCAGAGACCUAUCUCUCUUCAUUGAUUAAGUGUCACAAAGCUUCCUAUUCUAUGGAGAUGAUGAAAAUGAAAAGCUAAAUAUGGUUUUAAGUGAUAUUGAUAACAUAUCUAUUACAUUAGAGAAUACUACAUUACAUCACUAUUAUAACUUUUCAACAAGUAUGUGCCUAAUGGAAAGUCAUAUUUCUUCAUUUUAUGGCACUAAAUUUGUUUUUAGAAUACUUAUACUUCAUAUGAAAAUACGUGUAUCUUGGGAUAAAGAAAAAUUUCAGCUCUCUAGAUUCAAUUAUUCAUUUCACGUAAGAGUCAGUACUUGUGUUUAUGCAGCUUCCUAUGUUAUUCUGUUUCAAAUAAGCUUUUGUUGUUUUUUGUAUUUUGUUGUAUAUACAAAUGUUAUUUUAUGCCAUCACAACAAGAAGAGUUUGUAAAUACAUGCAUUUGUUUCAAAUAAAUCAUUUAUUUAUACA